GCUCUGCUGCUUGGUUGACUGGCCACUCCUGGCUAUCGGAUAACCUCUAAGUCUCUUGGACGCCAAAGGGGGAGUUGCUUGGGGGAGGCGAGUUCACAGAGGUUUUCUCAUAGUCCCCACUGAUCUCUGCUCCACCAGCCCACUUUUCUGAAGGCCUGAGUGAAUGGUAGCUCAGGCCUCUCCAGGUCGGGAGAGAGCCAGGCACAGGAGGGCCCUGGUGAUCCAUCAGGCCAGAGGCAUGGAGUGGAGGGCUUUGUUUAAACUCAGAGCCUGCAGAAUUAAGUAGGGGAGGAUGAGGGGAGGACUCCCCUUUCUUCCGCUAGUUGGUACCCUCUCCCUCCACCCCCACCUUGGUCCCAGCAAUGCCAGCUGCCACCUGCUGGGACUAUCUCCAGUUACUGUCUAAAGGCUGGAAAGAGGUCUGGGACCUGCCGCCAUGGGGGACAUGAAGACCCCUGAUUUUGAUGACCUUCUUGCUGCGUUUGACAUCCCCGACAUUGAUGCGAAUGAAGCCAUCCAUUCUGGGCCAGAAGAAAAUGAGGGGCCGGGAGGUUCAGGGAAGCCAGAACCCAGUGUAGGGGGUGAAUCUGGAGAAGCAGCAGCAGCAGCAGCUGCCAGGGAUGGCUCUGAGGUUCCAGCCCAGGCUGCUGACCAUGGCUUGCCACCGCCAGAUAUCUCGGCAGUCAGCGUCAUUGUCAAGAACACUGUGUGUCCUGAGCAGUCUGAGUCCCUGGCUGGGAGUUCAGGAGGGGAAGGGGCCCGGGCUGGGGGCGUGACAAAGGAAGGGCCUAUGGGGCCUCGUCUGAUGCAGAAUGGUUUUGGGAGCCCUGACCCAUCCCUUCCAGGAACUCCCCACUCCCCAGCUCCUCCUAGUGGGGGUACCUGGAAAGAAAAAGCCAUGGAAGGCAAAGCUCCCUUGGACCUAUUUGCUCAUUUUGGACCUGAGCCAGGGGAGCACCCUGAUCCUUUGCCUCCCUCUGCGCCCUCCCCGCCUCGGGAAGGGGCCAUGACCCCACCUCCUUUCCCUUCUCCCUUUGAGCUGGUCCGGGAGAAUGGCCCAGCCCUGCUGCCGCCUGGUUCUCCCCCACCACUGGGGGCCUUGAAGCAGGGCAGGUGUAGCCCCCUUAAUCCCCAGGGCCUAGCCGGGCUAGGCUCGGGCUCUAGCCCUGAGGCCACGGGCAUCCCUGCCAGCACCUCACCUCCCCAGGUUACUGAGAUGCCCUUCUUCAAGCAGUCUCCAGGGCACCAGAGCCCUCUUGCCUCCCCCCAAAUGCCCAGCUGUCAGCCCCUAAAGGAAGAAGAAGACGACGAGGGGCCAGUGGACAAGUCUCCCCCGGGAAGUCCCCAGAGUCCCUCUAGUGGAGCCGAGGCUGCAGACGAGGACAGCAAUGACUCCCCUGCCUCCUCCAGCUCCUCCAGGCCCCUCAAGGUGCGCAUCAAGACCAUUAAAACAUCCUGCGGGAAUAUCACAAGGACUGUAACCCGGGUCCCCUCAGACCCUGAUCCCCCUGCACCCUUGGCCGAAGGGGCCUUCCUGGCUGAGGCCAGCCUCCUGAAGCUGUCUCCUGCAACCCCAACCCCUGAGGGUCCAAAGGUGGUGAGCGUCCAACUGGGCGAUGGCACGAGGCUAAAGGGCACCGUGCUACCUGUGGCCACCAUCCAGAAUGCAAGUACUGCCAUGCUGAUGGCGGCCAGCGUGGCCCGCAAAGCUGUGGUUCUUCCUGGGGGCACUGCCACCAGUCCUAAGACGAUGGCGAAGAAUGUGCUAGGUCUUGUGCCCCAAGCCCUGCCCAAGGCUGAGGGGCGAGCAGGGCUGGGGACAGGAGGGCAGAAGGUGAAUGGUGCCUCAGUAGUGAUGGUGCAGCCUUCUAAGCCAGCCACUGGGCUGGGUGCAGGGGGUGGCACAGUGAUCUCCCGGACCCAGUCCAGCCUGGUGGAGGCCUUCAACAAGAUCCUCAACAGCAAGAACCUGCUGCCUGCCUACCGGCCAAACCUAUGUCCACCAGCUGAGGCCGGGCUGGCCCUACCUCCAACGGGCUACCGCUGCCUCGAGUGUGGGGAUGCCUUCUCGUUGGAGAAGAGCCUGGCACGGCACUAUGACCGCCGGAGCAUGCGCAUCGAGGUCACCUGCAACCACUGCGCCCGCCGCCUGGUCUUCUUCAACAAGUGCAGCCUGUUGCUGCACGCCCGCGAGCACAAGGACAAGGGGCUCGUCAUGCAGUGCUCGCACCUGGUCAUGAGGCCUGUAGCCCUGGAUCAGAUGGUAGGGCAGCCGGACAUCACGCCCCUGCUGGCUGUCUCACCUGCCCUUGGACCUCCGGUCUUGCCUGCCUUGGGCAAGAGUGAUGGGGCUGUCACCUCUGCCGUUACUACAGUUGCUGCUGAGGCCCCUGUGCUGCCGCUCUCAACCGAGCCGCCUGCUGCCCCUGCCACCUCUGCUUACACGUGCUUUCGCUGCCUGGAGUGCAAGGAGCAGUGCCGGGACAAGGCUGGCAUGGCUGCCCACUUCCAGCAGCUUGGGCCCCCUGCCCCUGGGGCCACCAGCAAUGUGUGCGCUACCUGCCCCAUGAUGCUUCCCAAUCGCUGCAGCUUCAGUGCCCACCAGCGCAUGCAUAAGAACCGACCUCCCCAUGUCUGCCCUGAGUGUGGGGGCAACUUCCUGCAAGCCAAUUUUCAGACCCAUCUCCGGGAUGCCUGUCUGCAUUUCUCUCGCCGUGUAGGAUACAGGUGCCCCAGCUGUGCAGUGGUGUUUGGGGGUGUGAACUCCAUCAAGUCCCACAUCCAGACGUCACACUGCGAGGUUUUCCACAAGUGCCCCAUCUGCCCCAUGGCCUUUAAGUCCGCACCCAGCGCCCAUGCCCACCUCUACACCCAGCAUCCCAGCUUCCACACGCAGCAGGCCAAGAUGAUCUACAAGUGCGCCAUGUGUGACACGGUCUUCACUCACAAACCCCUCCUCACCUCACACUUUGACCAGCACUUGCUGCCCCAGCGUGUCAGUGUCUUUAAGUGCCCGUCUUGUCCUCUGCUUUUUGCCCAAAAAAGGACCAUGCUGGAACAUCUCAAGAACACCCAUCAGUCCGGGCGCUUGGGGGAGGAGACUGCUGGGAAAGGGGCUGGGGGUGCCCUUCUGACCCCUAAGACUGAGCCUGAGGAGCUGGCUGUGUCUCGGGGAGGAGCAGCUCCCGCUACUGAGGAAUCUUCUUCAACCUCAGAAGAGGAAGAACUACCCAGCUCCCCUGAGCCCCCUCGCCCAACCAAACGACCCCGGCGGGAACUAGGGAGCAAAGGCAUCAAGGGCGGGGGUGGGGGCCCUGGAGGCUGGACCUGUGGCCUUUGUCACUCCUGGUUCCCUGAGCGUGACGAGUAUGUGGCUCACAUGAAGAAGGAGCAUGGCAAGUCGGUGAAAAAGUUCCCAUGUCGCCUGUGUGAGCGCUCCUUCUGCUCCGCCCCCAGCCUGAGGCGCCACGUCAGGGUCAAUCACGAGGGUAUCAAGCGAGUUUACCCAUGCAGGUAUUGCACAGAGGGAAAACGCACCUUCAGCAGCCGCCUGAUCCUGGAGAAACACGUCCAGGUUCGGCACGGCUUGCCGCUCGGGGCCCAGUCCCCUGGCCGGGGGAGUGCCCUGGCUCGGGGCCCCGGUGCCAGAGCCCAGGGGCCAGGACGGAAACGCCGCCAGUCCUCUGAUUCUUGCAGUGAGGAGCCUGACAGUACAACACCUCCAGCCAAGUCACCCAGGGGUGGACCUGGGUCGGGAGGCCCCCUGCGCUACCGGAGCAGUGGUUCAGUGGAGCAGAGCCUCGUGGUGGGGUUGAGGGUAGAUGGCGGUGCCCAGCAGUGCCUCGACUGUGGCUUGUGCUUUGCAUCCCCUGGCUCCCUGAGCCGGCACCGUUUCAUCAGCCACAAGAAGAAACGGGGUGUGGGUAGUGUCAGUGCCCUGGGCCUGGGGGAUGGGGAGGAAGAGGCCCCCCCCCCAUCAAGGUCUGAUCCAGAGGGUGGAGAUUCACCCUUGCCUGCUUCUGGAGGCCCACUGACCUGUAAGGUCUGUGGCAAGAGCUGUGACAGCCCUCUCAACCUCAAGACCCAUUUCCGCACACAUGGCAUGGCAUUCAUCAGGGCUCGGCAAGGAGGCAGUGGGGACAACUAGGCCCCAGGCCUGGACUGACCCGCCCGCUCCCUCUUCCCGAAAUCCUGGGUCACUGCUGCUGCCUGGUCCCUGGGCUGGGAAGUUGCGUUAUAAUUCACGUUUUGUUCAACUCCUCCCCCUAACCCCUGAAGAC